UCCCCUUUCGCUUCCUGUCGAACAUCCGGUCCUUCUCGCGCUUCAUUGCCUCGUGUCACCCAUCGUCCGGCGUCGUGGAUGGCAAUUAUUCCGUCAGUUGGAUAAAUCGCCGCCUGACCCGAGACUCACAUGCCCAGGAGUCUCGCGGAAGCCGGAUAAUCUGGCCGUUCAGACAGUAGUAUACUUCGUUCAUUCCAGUCUUGAACAGUUUCGGAUCCUUGGUUUCAAGCGACGCCAUUGAGUGUUGGUUGCAGGGCUUGUCCUUUCGUUUCCACGAUCUCGCUUUCUCUUCUUCCGGCUACUUUUCUCCUAUGUCACGUGGUCAUAAGGUCAGAACGUUAGAUAUUGUUCUCUGACAUGACUACGUUUGUCAUUUGCUAGUAUUUGGCCCCAAUUGAAUCGCAUCGACUUGCUUUAUUCUAUCUACUGGGCUUCCGGAAAGCAUUGCCUGUUCGAAACUAUCCGCCAAAAUUAUAUCCAGCUAUAUCUGAGCAAUACCGCGUGGGCAUCAUCCGGAUCUUUCCACUAUCUACCGACUUACGGGCUUCAUCAUGGCAGCGAUUGCAAUGAUUCCAACGCCUCUACGUGCAUCCAUGCAGUGCACUCGGCUGUUCACAUCUCCGUUGGGGAGCGCUCCCCUUUCCCAGCGAGUAUGGCAGACGUCGGUAACAGAAGCACGCAGCUUCUCAGCAAUUACUUUGGGCAGUCGCUCGAGGAUUCAGGCAAACCCACUACGAAAGAAGACCAGCCUUUCUAGCGCUAUAGAGUCGCAAUUGGCGCGAAGUGUUGGCCAACAAAAGCGAUACUCCGCACAGAAACCAACUAUUCCGGACUCUUCAAGCUCCAAGAAGUCCGCAAUUCUCUCCAAACUGCCUCGGACACAUGAGAAUAUUUACACCGUCCCCAAUAUUCUCACUUUCACCCGUCUACUUGCUGCGCCUAUGGUAGGAUACUUCCUCGUCCAUGACCAUCACGUAGCCGCACUAGGUCUGUUCGCAUACGCCGGUAUCACAGAUCUUGUGGACGGCUACAUCGCACGGCGAUGGAAUCUGCAGACAGUUGUCGGGACGAUCAUCGACCCGAUGGCUGACAAACUGCUCAUGACCAUCGGAGUCAGCUGUCUCGCGGUGAAUGGAUCAAUCCCAGUUUGGCUCGCUGUGAUCAUCCUAGGACGGGACGUCGGACUGGCCAUUUCCGCCAUCUACUAUCGGUGGAUAUCCCUGCCACCUCCCAAAACCAUGGCCCGGUAUUGGGAUUUCUCGCUCCCUUCGGCCGAAGUGAAGCCCACUACCGUGUCCAAGAUCAAUACGGCCCUGCAGCUGCUCCUAGUUGGUAGUGCAAUUGCGCUUCCUGUACUUCCCGAGACGAUCAUCGACGCUUGGAGCUUGAGGGAAGCAAUGACUGGAUUCCAAUACCUCGUCGCCGCAACUACCCUCUGGUCCGGCCUGAGCUACGUCUUCUCCAGGGACGCUGUUAAAAUCCUCUCCAAGGAAGAAGUGCAGAAGCGCAUUGCCCGCGCCGCGGCGGGUAAGAAGCCUUGAUUAACCCAACCCAUAGUUGUCGCAUCGUAGAUGAAGUGUGUGAGAAGGUGUAUGUAUGCAUGUAUGUAUAUAUAUAUAAAUAGAGC